CGCUCUGAACCGAAUUUUGCCGACCAAGCGCGCUAGCAGCCAGAUCCGACUUUCUAUAUCAGAAACACGACAUGGCCGAACCCUCAGCGAACCCAGCCCCUCUUCAGGCCGAAACUCCUGCCGUGGCUCCGGCUGCUGAGGGCGCCGAGGAUGGUUCAACUUCGAAGAAGGCCGCCAAAAAGGCUGCAGCAAAGGCUGCAAAGGAGGCAGCGAAGGCCCGUCACGCCGCUGAGCGAGCUGCUGCCGCUGCCGCCUCCGGCUCGGCAACCCAGACCGAGGACCUGGCCAAGGACAAUUACGGCCAGGAGACACACGAGACGAAGUUCUCUGCUGAUGCCAUCGAAAUCAACCUGAAGACCCUCGGCGACGACCAUGUCGGCAAGACAGUCGAGCUCCGCGCCUGGAUCCAGAAUGCCCGUAUGCAGGGCGCCAAGAUGGCCUUCGUUGAGCUGCGGGAGGAGGGCAAUUGGGCGAUCCAGGGCGUCGUGACCGCCAGUCCCGAGGGAGCUCCCGUCAGUCGCCAGAUGGUCAAGUGGGUUGGCUCCAUCAACCCAGAAAGCUUUGUUGUUGUCGAGGCCACCGUGGCCAAGCCCCUCGUACCCGUCAAGGCCUGCCGGGUUACCAACUACGAGCUGCACAUCACCAAGUGCUUUGUGCACGCCGCUGCCCCUACUAUGCUGGGCAUGACCCUCGCUGCCGCGAAUCGGCCGAUUGCCAACUUCAGCGACGAAGAAGUGCCAGUAGAGCAGGGCGUCGAGAAGCUCAGCAUUGUCUCGGCCGGUGAGACGACAGCCACUCCGGCUGCCACCAUGCUUACCCAUCUCGACAACAUCGUCAUGCACAAGCGGUCGGCCGUGCAACAAGCCAUUGCUGACAUUCGCGCGGAGAUGAAGGAGCUGUACCGCUCGUACCUGAGGUCUCACGGGUUCAAGGAGUUCGAACCCCCUUGCUUGAUCGCUGCCGCAUCCGAAGGCGGUGCCAAUGUAUUCCGCAUGCCCUACUUUGAGAAGGAAGCUUUCUUGGCGCAAUCACCGCAGUUCUACAAGCAAAUUGAAAUCGCCGGCGGCCGAAAACGCGUGUUCAGCAUCGGCCCUGUGUUCAGGGCCGAGAACUCCAAUACACCGAGACACAUGACCGAGUUCACCGGUCUCGAUAUGGAGAUGGAAAUUAAGAAGGACUACCGCGAAGUUCUGGACGUGUUGGAAGGCGUCCUCCUCCACAUCUUCCGCAACAUCAAGGAGCGCUGCGCCGACGAGAUCGCCCUCGUCCGCUCCGUCUACCCCUCCGAUGAAUUUCUCCUUCCCGAGCCUGGCAAGGAGGUCCGCCUUACCUUUGCCGAAGGCCAGAAGCUUCUCCGCGAAGAGGGCCCCGAGGAGUUCCGCAACGUCAGCGACGACGAGGACAUGAGCACGCCGCAGGAGAAGGCGCUCGGCGCGCUCAUCCGCAAGAAAUACAACACCGACUUCUACGUCCUCGACAAGUUCCCCGAAUCGGCUCGCCCCUUCUACGCCAAGGAGGACCCCACCAACCGCAAAGUCACCAACGCGUACGACCUCUUCAUGAGGGGGCAGGAGAUCUGCUCUGGCGGGCAGCGUAUCAACGACCCCGUCGAGCUGGAAGCCAGGAUCCGCACCAAGGGCAUCGACCCGGCGAGCCCUGGUAUCAAGGAGUAUGUGGAUAUUUUUAAGCAGGCAGGCGUCCCUGCCCACGGUGGAGGUGGUAUUGGUCUGGACCGUGUGGUAGCAUGGUACCUCAACCUGCCGAGUGUCCAUCUCGCGGCGUUUUACCCGCGGACACCAAAGAGACUGUUGCCUUGAUUGGGGAUAUGAGUAGGCAGAGCAGGGAGAUAUGGCGUGGAUUCCGAUAAAGUACAACCUGUUGCGAUGAGCGUGUGAGAUAGAACAGCUGCGAUAGACUUGUGUCUGGUGUUUGUAUCUGGGCGUGCGUUGUAUGUGAAGGCCGAGGUGAGCAGCUCCUGAAAUCCUCUGAGCCUCUCAUCAUCCUUCUGUUACGAAGUGCACUCAAACCCCAGAACCAUUUUAGCUCACCUGUCUUAUGGGAGCGGAGAAUAUUCCAGGUUGAGUGGAAUGCCUCUCUCUAUAUCCUACCAAGGUCAUGAUGUUCGGCUGUCUCACAUAACGUAUGAGGUGUCGGAUGGGAUUAGCGACGUAUUUUAACAUAGUAGGUUGAUUAAUGAAGUUGUAUGUGCCUCA